AUGAGCAAACGUUGUGAUAUAGUUCAUUUGAACGUUGGAGGUCGAAAAUUUUCGACAUCGCGUAAUACACUAUUAUGGAAUAAGAACUCAUUUUUCAGCAUACUUUUAAAUGGUGCUCUACCUACCAUGAGGGAUGAAUCUGGAGCCAUCUUCAUAGACAGAGACCCAGAUAUGUUUAGUGUGAUUCUCAACUACUUACGGACCAAUGAAUUAAAUCUGAACGGUGUAGAUAUAAAUUCACUCAAGAACGAGGCUCAAUUUUAUGCACUUGAUUCUCUGGUAAGAAAACUCUCCCUAUGCGAGGAGAAUCUGCUUGGACGAUGUGGAGAUUUACUGUUUCACGCUUAUAUGCCGGCACCUGAUUUUGUCCUGGAUGAUUCUGGAACAUGUUUCAGAUGGAACACCAACAAUCAAUGCAAUCCACCUAAUGGUCUUUGUCUGCCACCAUAUACAUCACCUAGCUCAUCUAUGAGAGGUGAAACAGAUACAAUGGGGAGAGGUCCUGGAAUCCCUCAACACAGAAAUUUAUCGAUUGAAACGCCAACACCUGACUCCAUUCGCAGUAAUCCUGGUUGUAGUACAAGUAAUACUAAAGUCCCUCUGAAAGGUGAUCAUCACCGUCCACCAAAUGAUUCUGCAAGUGAAGUUCUUGAUGAAAGUGCUACUACUACUACUACCAAUGGCCCAUCGAACUUAAAAUAUCAAUCAAAUCAUCCUGAAUUGUAUCAAAAACCUGUCACGUUAAUCGCUUGUCAUCAAAAUAUUAUGGCAGCUGUUUACUCUGACUGUGUGGGAGUUUUCUCUCUAAAAGAUCCUAUUGGUUGGCACCUGACAUGGUUAAGCCCUAUACUCCCUGCACCAAUCGAUAGAAUCGCUGUAACUGGUAAAGCGCCCAAUCAGAAUAUUUUGGGUUCUGUUUCAUCAAAUGCAUCUGGAAACUCUGCACCAUUAUUUCCUGUUAAUCCUACGGCAAACUCGUCAAAUGUAAAUCCACUUGUUAAUAAUUCCACCAAUCCUAAUGCAAGCAACAACAGCAACAACAAUAAUACUAAUAACAGACAUCAGCCAGCGUCUAAUUCCACAGCCAAUUCAAAUUUUUCAAAUAAUCUGUCUUCACAAAAUGCGCCACAACUUAAUCAGUUUCAUAUGUCAGCACCAAAUAAUCUACCAUCUGUGAUAAAUCCCUCUUCAUCGAGUGGUGGUGGUGGUGGGUGUACACUGGCAGUAGCUGUUGGCUCAACUAUCACACUGUGGUAUUUAUAUCCUCCGUCUGGGUUGAUAUCUGCUGUUGUUUCAUAUGGUGGACAAUUCGGCGUGACUACGUCACCUGCUACCUAUUUCUUAUCUCCGCUAUAUCCAUUUAUGCCUAUGCCAGAUGCAAAGAAUGGCAGCAACACUUAUCCUCCGUUAGCUAAAAUUAAAGAACCUUGGACUAGUGAAAUGGUUGGUCAAUAUGAUUUAAACAGGCGUGCUGUGGAUUAUUUAAUUUUUAUUGGUGCUCAUCUUGUUGCACUUAGUCGACAUGGUCUAGUCGGUGUUCGACAUGUAAUGACUAAUGCAUGGCAAGUUUGGAGUACUGUUCCAAUAUUGAGUUAUGGUGUCGCUGGUUCAGAGUUACUACUCUUGGGUUGUGCAAGCGGGUGUAUAUGCAGUAUAAAUAUACAAAAAUUCCCUCUACGAAUAGUCGACAAUGAUCUCUUAGUAACAGAAAUGUAUCGUGAUCCCCUACGUGAUCCAAUCACUGCACUCAGUGUACAUUUAUCACCGAAAACGUCUUAUUCAGGUCGUAAUUGGAUGGAAAUAGCCUAUGGUACAUUGUCUGGUCGUGUAUGCUUAAUAGUACAACAUCCAGAAAUUGUUGGUUAUAGUCCACAAUUAUUUCAAACUUUUAAUGUUCAUCGGUCAAUGGUUACUGAUGUUGUUUUAUCAGAGAAAUAUUUAAUUUCAGUUUGCAAUGAAUUUCAUCAUGUGCGUACAUGGGCAGUGACACGCUUUCGUGGUAUUAUCAGUACUCAACCGAGUUCAACACCAGUUGGUUCAUUUCAUAUGACAAUAUUAGGUAUGAAUAAUUCUACACAACAAUUAGUUGAUUCUGUUCUUAAAGCUGCACAAAAAUGUCAUACACAAAAAUCACAGUCAUCCUCUAGCGAUAUUAUUCAAGCAUAUUCUAGUCUGAGUGCUAACACAUCACAUAAUAAUGCCGCCAAUAAUAACAAUAACAAUUCUGUUAACAGUAAUACAACCAAUGAUAAAGUUAAACGUUCAAAUACAUCAUCAUAUAAUGUAUCCCACUGGCAUCCACGUGGUACUAAUACACGUUCAUCUAGUGCUCAGUGUACUUCAUCACGUGAACCGUCAGCUUCAUCGUCAUCAUCAACAUCAUCAUCUUGUCAUAAUGAGUCAAAUCUUCAGCAAACUACCAAUACAAAAAUGACAAUAUCAAAUAGACUUCAGUCGACUGAUUGUUCACUGCUAACAAAUUAUCCAACUAAUUCUACCAGUAGAUCAGGUGCAUAUAAUAAUAAUAUUUUAAGCAGUGUUGGAGGCGUUGAUUUAUGCUCAAAUACACAAUCCGAUAUUGUUGUCCUUCCACGUACAACAUGGCUUCAUGAAGAUCCAGGGUUAAAUGCUCAAUUCGAUUCAGAUCCAUCUGAUUCACAUUCAGUUAGUCAAAGUGAGAUAAAUCAAGGAGAUAAUGGAAAUAAUUUUACAACUGAUUGUAUUGCUACAACUAGCUAUCAUGAAAACAAUCAUAGAAAUAAAAGUAAUAAUAAUAGUACCAGUAGAAUGAAAAGUCGUUCAUCAUCAGCUAGUCGAAGUUUACAACACCAACAACAGAGUGUUGCACAGUCAGGUGAUGAAAUAGAUGCAUAUAGAAAUCAACAAAGCACCUCAUCAGUGAUCAGAAGACCAAAAGUGAAUCAAUCUAAAGCUAAUAGCAAUUCUGUUACUACUGCGACUGACAAUACUAAAGCAAAUAAGCACAUUAUUCGUCCAAUUAUUGAUGUACAUGAAUAUGCGAAUAAUCCAGGCCCAUAUGGUGGAAGAGAAGAUAUCUUAGUAUUUAUACAGAAGUUAACACCACAAGCAAAUCAGUUAUUUGUACGCUUAGCGUCAACUGGUAAACGAAUAUGUGUUAUUCAUUCAGUGGAUAGAAGUACCAUUAGUUCAUUUACUGUACAUAAACAUGAUGGAUUUAAUCGAGUUGGUGCACAUCCAAGACGUUAUAUAUUUACUGGACAUUCAAAUGGUACUAUUCAGGUGUGGGAUUUAACAACAGCUUUAGAUUUCGCGAGAACUGGAAACAAUUUCCCUGGACCAUUAAUGACUAUUCCAAACUCAUCAACAAUCAAUAUGGAAGGAGCUUACAACUUAGCAAAUGAUAUCACAUCUUAUCCUGGUGGAAUAAUGAACAGUGUAAAUGUUUGUGGCAGAAAUAAUAUACUGAUCAAUCCAUAUUCAAAUGGACCUAUAAAUAAUUCAAAUAAUAUACUAGUUUAUCCUAAUUAUAAUCAGCAUUUAUACGAUACAGAUUAUUAUUGUUAUAGUAAUAAUAACAAUAAUAAUAUUAUUACUAAUAACAGUAAUAAUAGUUAUUACAUUGGUGGACCAACAUCCUCUGAAAUGUUGAAACUUUUAG